AAUAUUAUUUAGAUCCUAUAAAUGGUAGUGUUUUUAGAAUUUUUACCCCAUUUGUCAUCACAUCUAUAAUUUUAUUAUUUAAUUUAAAUUAAUUUGUCAUCACAACCAUUGUAUUCUUUUAUUUUGGAAAAGUAUCACAUUCAUUUGUCACCAAAUCUCUUUUCUGGAGUUGCUUUAAAUAUCUUCACUAAUAUAAAAAUAUAUCUAAGAUAAAAAUGUUAGCUUAAAGUAUACUAGAAAGAUAUUAAUAGAAGAUCUAAUGAUAUCUCCCCCCAUUUAAACAAAGAAACUCCUAUAAAUUUGAUGAUUUAGAAAAUUCAUAGCAACAAAGAAGAACACUAAUGCUAAAAGUGCAACUGAAUAAAAUUAAGACAGAAGAUGGAUUCAUUGACAGAUGAUAUCUGCGCAUUGGUACUUGCAAGAUUACCGAUUAAGAUCUUCACAGGUUUCAAACUUGUUUGCAAGCAGUGGAAAUCAAUCGUAGAGUCUCCGUUUUUCCGUAAGCUUUUCAUGUCCAUGCACCAAAACUCAGCCUCUUCUUCAUGGUCCAUCAUGUCCACCGAUCACGUAGACCCAGAGAUGGUGGGUUACUACAACCAAUGCGACACUUGGGGACUUAAACGACCACUGGGCUCUUUCAUCAAGUCUUUCUUAAACCACAAGAACCGGAACCACAAAUACAUACGAGUAAGUGCCGUGGCUUACUCCGAUGUUGGGUGGAUCUUGAUCUAUGCAAUGUCAAAAACCAAUGAGAAGUCAUCCCUCUAUGUGGCUAACCCGGUUUCACAUGAAUGCGUAGAAAUAUUUAUUGAUUUUCUUCCUAAAGGGUUUGAAAGAAUUCGAUUUUGUUUGUGGCAAUGGGGAAUAGCCACACGAGUUGAGAACGGCAUCCUUUUGGGUUACACAGUUGUUGUCGUUAAUCAAAGGUUGAGUAACACUAAGUUAAGUUGUCUGAUAUAUUCAUCUGAGACAGGCCUGUGGAGUCUGGAUACUUCCUUUUCCAACUAUUAUUACUGUCAAAAUUCGAUUAGCUUGAACGGUAACCUUCACUGGCUCGCCCAAAACAAUGACUAUCAAGAAGUUGUAUUAUCCAUGGAUUUCUAUACUAAUAGCACCGGUUCUGAUCGAUGCCGUGUUUCGCCUUUUCCUGAUUUAGGGAGAACUACCAAAUUCAAAAGAUCUUGUACACCUUGUCAUGGGUUUCUCAUGUAUAUGAACAUAGUCUGUGCAACCAAAGUGGAUGGAAGCCUAGAAGAGAAGUUGUGUGUAUGGAGGCUUCAGAGCGAGGGAUGGCAACUAAUAUCUGAAAUCUCCCCAGGUCCUAUCUUGACCAGUUUCAACUAUUCUUCGAUGACGAUAAACCCCUUCGAUGCGAAAACAGCCUAUUUUUGGAGCAUGGAACAAAAAAGCUUGCUAUAUAUUAACUUACACAACGGUAAGUCUGUGUUCUAUAAUCAGUUCGAACUUACAAGCGACGGUCGCACUAUGAUUCCCGCUCACGACCCGAGAGCUGUUAUUUCUCUCAAAAAUGCAUACACCGAACAAGUAGACCUUAUCCCGUUUGUUCUCCCACAAUGGCUGUAUCGAAUCCCGAACACGGUGAGAAGAGUUUAGACUUGGUAUUUGCGAGUUUCUUUUGUUUUCUUGUUUUGGCUGAUUAUUGUUAUUUCUCAAGAUGAAUACAUUGUAGGAAGACUUUUAAUUUGCUUUUUUUUUGUGUCCAAAUGCUUACUUUGUUCUGUAAAUUUGAUUGCUAUUGUCCCAGACAAAACGCAAUCAGAUUCCC